CUUGCCACAGCUGACGCACCGUCGGGGAGCCGCGCUCCGAGCUUUCCUCGCCUUCUGCGUGCUCCUGGGUGCUGCUGGGCCUGGACCCGGCCCGGACCCAGCCCCGCGGGUGUCUCCUUGGGGCCAGGAGAGGAGCCGGCGCUGCCAGGCUGGCCGUCGGUGCCCGGCGCGGGUGGCGGCUCCGACUUUCCGCGCGUCUCGGGGCUCUGCGCGCCGACGGGGCAGCGACCGCCGACAGAUUUGAAAGUUUUCUGGGGGUUCCUGCCAGAACUGGAUACUAGAGGAAUUGUUUUACGUUUCUCUGGAGAGUGAAGUGACCCAGUGCAGCUAAGACUGUCAAAGAGAGCAGUCACGGAAACCAGGAGAGAACAGUGUCAUGGUCCUGCACAGUGGUGCCAUUCAUUGGCUAUGUCUUGUCCCCUGCAGAAUUGGCAUUGAGGACUGUGGGCCAUUAUUACAUCCUGUGUGUGUGAAAAGUAGCAGAAAAGGCUGCAGAUAUAGACCAUCUCUGAAGCACCUAUGGCAUGCUUCUCCACUUUAGCAUGUGUUCGCUUCUUGGUAUGAUGGAUGUUUCACCGACCUUGGUAAAUGGAAGAAAAUUUUCUCCAGCCGUUAAAUAUAUUGCCUUCCUUGUUCUUUUCACAAAACAUACUCUAAGAACAUUUUAGAGGUGUUUGGCAUCAGAUCAACAGCAUUGUAGCCUUUAAUGGAAUGUGAGAUACCAAGAAGUGGUUUGAUUGAUUUUGGAAAGUGAUCAUGAAGAGUGAAGAAGACCUAUUUCUGAUACUUGAAAGUUAGUCACUGCUUACCACCUUUUCAUGAAAAUUAAAUAUGACUUAGAAGCUUUGAAAGUUUAUGAUGUCAUCGGUUUCGACAGAAAGCAAACUCCAGCAGGCUGUGAGCCUGCAGGGAGUUGACCCAGAAACAUGCAUGAUUGUAUUUAAAAACCACUGGGCACAGGUCGUCAAAAUAUUAGAGAAGCAUGAUCCCUUGAAGAACUCCCAGGCAAAGUAUGGGUCCAUCCCUCCAGAUGAGGCCAGUGCUGUGCAGAACUAUGUAGAACACAUGCUUUUCCUGCUCAUUGAAGAACAAGCCAAGGAUGCUGCAAUGGGGCCAAUUUUGGAGUUUGUGGUCUCUGAGAACAUAAUGGAGAAGCUUUUCCUUUGGAGUUUGAGACGGGAGUUUACUGAUGAGACUAAAAUUGAGCAGCUGAAGAUGUAUGAGAUGUUGGUCACCCAGUCACACCAGCCUCUGCUGCACCAUAAGCCUAUUCUGAAACCUCUGAUGAUGUUGCUCAGUUCUUGUUCUGGAACAACCGCUCCUGCUGUAGAGGGGAAGUUGGUUGUCCUGCUCAAUCAGCUCUGUUCCAUCCUUGCCAAAGAUCCAUCUAUUCUGGAACUCUUUUUCCAUACAAGUGAGGACCAAGGGGCCGCCAACUUCCUUAUCUUCUCCCUCUUGAUUCCCUUCAUUCAUCGUGAAGGGACAGUCGGCCAGCAAGCUCGGGAUGCUUUGCUGUUCAUCAUGUCUCUCUCUGCUGAGAACAGCGUGGUGGCCCAUCACAUAGUGGAGAACACCUAUUUCUGUCCAGUACUUGCAACCGGUCUCAGUGGGCUGUACUCCUCUCUGCCCACGAAGCUGGAAGAGAAAGGCGAGGAAUGGCACUGCCUGCUGAAGGACGACUGGCUCCUGCUUCCUGCCCUUGUGCAGUUCCUGAACUCUCUGGAGUUCUGCAAUGCGGUCAUUCAGGUGGCCCACCCCUUGAUUCGCCAUCAGCUUGUCAAUUAUAUCUACAACGGAUUCUUGGUCCCUGUCUUGGCUCCUGCUCUUCAUAAGGUGACUGUGGAGGAAGUCAUGACCACAACUGCUUACCUGGACCUUUUCCUGCGCAGCAUCUCAGAACCAGCACUGCUGGAGAUCUUUCUCCGCUUUAUCCUGCUGCACCAGCAUGAGAAUGUUCACAUUCUGGACACUCUCACGAGCCGAAUCAACACCCCCUUUCGGCUUUGCGUGGUGUCCCUGGCACUAUUCAGAACACUCAUUGGUUUACAUUGUGAAGAUGUGAUGCUACAACUAAUUUUAAGGUACCUGAUCCCCUGCAACCACAUGAUGCUGAGCCAGCGAUGGGCUGUGAAGGAGAGAGACUGCUACUCGGUGUCCGCUGCCAAGCUGCUGUCCUUGACCCCAGGCUGCUGCGCCAGUGGCAUCACCCUAACGCUUGGGAACCAAGAGCGGGAUUAUAUUCUCUGGUCCAAGUGCACACACGAUGGCUCAGGGCCCGCAGAGCCGCCGCCUGAGGCAGCCUUGCCCUCGGCCUGCAUCGUGGAGUAUGGGAAGGCCCUGGAUAUCAGCUACCUGCAGUACUUGUGGGAGGCACACACCAGCAUUCUGCGCUGCAUGAGGGACUGCCGGGUCUGGUCUGCGCUGUAUGACGGGGACUCGCCCAGCCCAGAGACUUUUCUGCACAGUAUGCCUGAGGAUGAUCCCGAGCAUGUGGCCUGCCAUGGGUCCCCACUCCCACCGCAUCCAGAUUCAGGGGGCUCUCAGCCAGCUCCAGCCAAGGACAAAGGCCACACUGAGCUAGAGUGGGAUGACAGCUACGACACAGGCAUCUCUUCAGGGGCUGACAUGGGCUCCCCUGGAGCUUAUGAUGACCCAGACACUUCUGGCCCCCCAGUGCCCAUAGAUCCCCCCAAGCACAUCCAGGAGAUGAAGAAGAAUGCCAUCUUGCUCUUUAAAGGUUCCUACAUUGAGGAGUCAGACUUCCAGGAUGAUGUCAUGGUGUACCGGCUCUGUGCAGAGAAGGACACAGAAGAUGCCAGAGGCUCACAGGGGGAAGCUGUAGGGCCACCAGCUGAGGCCCAGCCCGAGGCUUGGAGCUCACCUGUGAACAACGGGCCCCUCAGUCCCCAGCCAGAGAUGGAGUCAGAGGGGGAACACAAGAGGGACACUGCAGACCUGUUUCAGAGCAUGUCGAGGGACCCAGCGCAAGAGAAUGGGCCUGAAGUGGCCCCUGGAUCAGACUCAGCAUUACCAGCACCUGCUUCCAAGGCCGAGCAGAGCCCAGACCUGCCAGUGAUCUGCCCAGAGAGUGAGGACUUCAUUGCCCAGUAUGACCAGAUCAUCAGAGAACUGGAUUCGGGCUCUGAGAGCUUGAUAGAUUCCAGCUUUCCCACGCCAGAGUCCUCGCUCCUCAAGGAGCAAGAAGGUGGGGGAGAAGAGAGUGGAGGAGAGGAGGAGGGAGAGGAGGAGGGAAAGGAAGACAGGGAGAAGGACAUGGAGGAGGAGGACGACAACUUUGACUCCCUGAUCACAGAAGCUCCCACUGUGGAGAGUGUGUGUUCCCCAUUUGGGAUGAGAGAGGAGACUGCCCUUGCCAGUCACCGCCCCAUGAGGACUACGGGCGCUCCAUUCACAGGCCCGUUCAUCAGCGUGGUCCUGUCCAAGCUGGAGAACAUGCUAGAGAACUCGCUGCAUGUGAACCUGCUGCUCAUCGGGAUCAUUACACAGCUGGCCAGCUACCCCCAGCCCCUGCUGCGCUCCUUUCUGCUCAAUACCAACAUGGUCUUCCAGCCCAGUGUGCGCUCCCUCUACCAGGUCCUUGCAUCUGUAAAAAACAAGAUCGAGCAGUUUGCCUCUGUGGAGAGAGACUUCCCGGGCCUGCUCAUCCAGGCGCAGCAGUACCUGCUUUUCCGGGUGGACACGUCUGACGUGAGCCCUGCAGCCCUAACCAAAGAUCCCACGUCAGAAGCUUCCAAGACCGAAAGUGGCAGGAACAUUCUGGAUGGUCCCCCACGAGUGCUUCAGCCCUUCCUGACCAGCAGAGCCAAGGUGGCCGUGCCCCCCCCCAGCCUGCCCCUGCCAGUGAGGAACACCAUGUUGGCUGCGGCUCUCUUUCCCGAAUUCCUGAAGGAGCUGGCUGCCCUGGCACAAGAACACUCCAUCCUGUGCUACAAGGUCCUGGGGGACUUUGAGGACUCCUGCUGUUAGCAUUUUCAAAAAUGUCUUUACACAGACACACAUUGUAGUAUCUUGACUGAAUGUUAAGUGCAAAGCUGCUUGUCAGAUUCUAUUUUGAUGUUUCCUGGCAAUACUUGAUUUGUGGGGGCAGAUUUCUGUGGCCCUCCUUUCUGCAGCCGGGUCUUCUGCCCGUGCACUAUUUAGAAUGUAAGCCGCCUGGGCAGACUGCUUCCCUGGCAGGCUGUCUCUGCUCACUUCUCCAUGUCCCACAUUUGCUUGUUGUCUUCCCGUCCCUUUGGCUACUCUGCCUGCUGCUCAGAUCUCUUGGAGCACAUUCUGGGCUGCACCGCUUCCUGGACGGGCCCUGGGGCCGAAGGCCAGCUCUGGGCAGCACGGGAAAGCUUGCUGCGUCUGCACAGUGCUCAGCUGCCCUCUGCAUUUCGGCUUUCAGUUUAUAAAAGGAAGAGCUGAGUGGCGCUGUUCUUACCUCCAUCACAAAAGCACAGGUCCAUGCCCCCCUGAACCUACCUUCGGGGACUCCGUUCUCUCCACACACAUUGCCUUAUGGUACAAGAAAGGCCCCGGCCGGUCUCUGCCUCAGUGUCACAUGGAAUUGGAGAGAACUAGGAGCGCAGGGAAUUAUUUCUUGUUGCUUGAGAGUGUUUUUUAAUCCGUGCAACACUACCUAAACACUGAAGAUAGCCUUAUUUUAGUAAGAUUUGCACAAAUCAAAGCGUGCCUAUGCAAACUGCUACUCUUUAAGAGUUUGAUCAGAUGAAGAAAGUGUGGUGUUGUGUACUUAUGUAAGAAGACAGCCAUCAUUAGUUUUAAAAGUGUUUUACCUUCUGACAUGCUUCCAUAGUGGGCUUUUCAGGGGAGAGGCUGGAGUAGGGGCAAAGGGGAAGGGCAGCUAAAUGCACCCUGUAAAAACUCGAGUCAUUAUUUGGGUUUUUGUUUUUUGUUAACAUGUUGCACUUUAUAGAGAAACAGGCGCCUGGACGGCCCACUUUGGGAGCUGGGCACAAAUGCAUCCAGGUUCUUGGAGUCCUGCCAAGCCAAGUGCCGGCUGGCAGCCGCUGCACACACACAUGCUGCUUUCUAAGGACUGCUUCGUGGAAGCCCCACUGAGGGCUGGCAAUGCUUCUCGCUAUUUUUCAGCAUGCUCUGAGAGGCCAGAGUGUACCUAGAGCUGGGGCCACCUGAAGCUGCCACCACAGGGGGUGCAGCCAUGUGGCUUAGGCAUGAGACUGCACAACUGGUAUUUAUGGGCAUUACAUCCCACUCUUUGGCUCGGGGCCCAGGUCUGGGGAGAGGCGAGGAACCAGGAUGAGCCUGUGUUUGGAGGGAGUGUGGAGGGUGUCUGCCAGGCUGAGGGCAGCAACAGGCCGGCUGGUUGUGCUCAGGGCUCUCAUUUGUCUCACCCAGUCUCCUGGUACAGGAGAGGAAAGGGAAACAUCACAGCCGAGGCACGGCCCUGCCCAGGCGGUGCUUGGCGCUUCAGGAUCUGAAUCUUGCAGUGGCAGAGUCCCGAGAGAUGGCAAGCCCGCCUGGCCCAGGCGUGCUGCACACGUGAGCAGAAAGCCAAGACACCUGUUCUGGUGCACUUCUGAUUCACAUUUGUUGGUCAUGGAAAAGGGUUUGUUCAGCGUGGUGCCAUAGCUGAUCAGCUGAGGCACAGCUCUGCGGUCUGCUCGUGGCCUCCGCAUGCCUUGUGUCUGCAGAGCCCACGGAGCUCCAGGGUAGCUUCCAGUAGAAAAAGGAACAGUUACACUGUCAGACACUAUGCUCACGCUGGCUUUGCAUAAGGACGUGUCUGGUUGGACCUGCCAGCUAACCUCGUGCUGGAGCCCUGUCUGUGGGUGGUGGUCUGCAGCUGUGUUAUCAGGUGGUGCCGAUGAGUCUGUGAGUCUGUUUAUUUUAGAGCUCCAGGUGCCUGAGGAGGAGGUACCCAUUAGGACAGGGCUUGACUUGUGCCACCAAUUUUUUUUUUUUUUUUUCAGUACUGAAGUCGAGGUGCUUUAGAAGGGGGACAUGCCUGGAGCGGGGAGAGGUAGGACCACUUGACUCCUGUGGUGGGUGCUGGUGCUCAGCUCCCCCGACAGUGCUCGUCUCACUGCUGGAGCUGGCAGUUAGGCCACGUUUCUGCAGCCGUCACAGUGCUCCCACAGGGUGCUGUGCUCAGGGCCUCACAAAGUGAAGUCAGAACACUGACCUGGAAUAGACUACAGGGUAUCAGAAAGCCUGCGCCUUUGGGCCCACUGGCCCUGAAUGGUUCACUUGGGGAAAACAGCAGAGAUCAGAGCUAUAAAUAGGACAGGAAGAGACUCCACAGGAUUUGGAGGACGGACACUGUCCAAGAAGAUGCCAGACAGGCAGGUGAUGAUGGGGGGGAGGGGGCUGGGGCAGAGCCUUAAGGGACAAGAUCAGCUAAUGAAGAAGGUUCCAGUUGUCAAGUUAAUAGGCAAGGCCCUUGGAGGUGUCUUUUCUGUUUUUGUAAUAAGUUUUGAGAAGAAAUCUUAAAGGCCCUUGACAUGCCUAAGAGCAUGGUCCAGAAGCGUGGCUCCUGCCCCUGGGGAGCAGCCUCCACAGCUGCCCUGCUCCUCACCAGAGCAGACCCUGUGAUGCAGCCCUGGCUGGUGCCCCUGUGUCCUGGGAGGGAAGGUGAGUCAAGGGUUCCUGGAAUGUCACAGCAUUACUUCAUAAUUCAAGGUCUGAUUUAGCAGUCCAGAAGGAGUGAAUUUUCUGGUUCAAAAUAAGAGCACUGGCAUAUUUAAAAUUGGUAUUCUGAAUGUUCAGGCAAAUGUUUACAAAAAUGUAGACAGAAAUCCUACCAAGGGUCCAUUCUAAAACAAUUUCAUGGGGUUAGACUUUCCCACCUGUUGGUUGGAAAUGCGGGGAUGUGAUUUUCUUGUAUCAGUAAAGACUUCCUUUCCCUGGUAAUAUUUAGGAGCACUGUAAAAUCGUGCCUGUUUGAUUGCACAUUAUUCUAGAAACCCCUUUGACAUGCUCAGGGUGGACUUGAGGCCUCCCCUGUGUUGGGAUACAGUUGGCACUUCUCCAGGCCCUCAAAGGCCCCUUCUUCAGCAGGGAGUUUGCCGGGGGCCUGGUGUGGUUGUUGGCUUUAAGUGCAUUAAGACAGCGUGGGACCAGGGGGUUGGCAGGAAAGCAUCCUCUUAUGCUCACAACCGAAAGCUACACGUGCACGUAUUGAGGUCCUGAGUCAGGCAGCCAGCAUGUACAAUUGGAAGUUUUCAUUGUCUGCAGUGUCACGUGUCCUGACUGCCAGAUUUGUGCAUCAGUGUCCCAGUCUCCUUCAGCUAGUGGAAAGCACACGUGAUGUCACAUUCUUCCCUGGGCUCCAGCUCUUGUGUAAGGGGACUUCACUGUGACUGCUAAUUAUUAGUUCAGUGUUUACAGAAGUGUCUGUCCUGCUUGCCACGUUUAUGAAACAGUUUACUGUGGGACAGCUGUGCAUUUGCUGCUCAUGUCCCUGGCAGGUCAGUGCAAGGGACAGGCUGCUUGUAGCCCUGGCCACAUGGCAGUCUUAGCUUCUCUGGUGGCUGAGCCACAUCAGCUGCACGGCAUCCCCAGAGCCACCCUAACGCCUUGUUGCUUCAGCCUCCAGCCUGUGACUGACAGGGCAUUCAUUCCCUACUGGACAACAGCGUUAGGGAACAAAGCUACGCAUAUAUAGCCACGCCAGUGGCCUCAGGACAAGAGGAUGGAGUUGAUGUUUUUCCUGUUUUUUAAUGACCAUUGUAAACCUAAUGCUUCACAAAAAGCUCUUGAAGUCUAAGAACGACCUUUGGGAUGCUUUUUCUUCAGUAAAUCCUAUUUGCACUGGCAUUCACCAGGUGGUGAGCUUGGGAGGACAGAUUAUCCCGGUGGCUCUUGGACAGUGCAAAAAGGUUUCCCAAGAGGUUUACAGCAGGUCUUCAGCUGGGAGGGGAACCUUCUGUUUAGGUCUCUUGACUCUCAGAAUCCCCAGUUUGACUACUGGCAGUAAUCUGCCCUGUCCUAUUGGGUCAGUGUGAAAGAUGCUCCUGCUUACUGGACAAGGGGGACCUGUGGCCCUAUCAGGUGCAGUGAGGCUGCGGGGCUGUGCAGUGAGUACAGGCAGCCUUUGGGGAGCUGCAUUCACAUCAUUUCAGAACAGGUAGCAGUACUGAAGCUCACCGAGCCUGGGUGACCGCUAACUGGGACAAGCAUACAAAGCCCCUGUAACUGAGUACCUCUUGCCCUGACAUUUGAUGGGAUAGGAUCUAAUGCUGAAGACCUUGGUCUUUGCUCAUCCACUUGACAAGGUGCUCCCAUGUGUUCAUUUGUCUAAAACCUGCUCCACCCCUAGGCUACUUCUGGGAAGGGUUUAGUGCCCUGCCUACCUUCCAGGCACUGUCUGGAGUCCCUGAGAUGUGGCAGCUAAACUCAAAGUCAGUAGAAAUUGUGGGUCUCAGUCACAUGUUGUAUACCAAAUUAACCAUGAGCAGAGGGAGGUGUGCACUAAACAUUUCACGCUCUUCCUGCAGACUAGUAGUACCUUCUGGGAAACAAGGGAGAGAUCUCAGCCAAAGCUCUUCUUGGUGCAGUUAAGUGUCACCAUCUGUACCUGGAGGCACAGAUCUUCCCUCUGCUGCCUAAGCCUGACAGAUACAAAAAGCUGUCUUGACCCAGGGACACAAAAUUUAAAAUCCUAGAAGUCAGCAUCCUCUCCUGCAAAGGGACCCCCUCAAAAGACUAUUAAUUUAUUUUGUGACUCAGACAAGCUUUUGCUGGCCUCUCCCUCUGCGUAGGCAGCCUGAAGGGCUGUGGCUGAUAGCCACCUCCUUAAGCAACAACGCAAUUUGGCUGAGGUUUGGCUUGACCAGGCAGAGCUGGUCCACAGGAGGGUUUUCCAGCAGCCCGCCCCAUUGGUGUCUCGGUAUUGUACUUUAUCUACCACUGUGAUUGUGCAUGGCGGUGUGUGUCCAGGUGUAUGACUGUGACAUGGCAGUGGCUUCAGUGUGGCACCAACUCGUACAUCUUAAUGAGAUUUCCCCUAAAUUGCACAAACAGAAGCAACUACAUUUGUGUUCAUGCAGUGUUUACCAAGGUGUAUGUAGCAGAGCUGUACUUGCUGAAUGUCUUUGGGGUUAUAUAAAUGUCUUCUAUCUCAUCAGGUUCCAGCACUGUGCUAUGAAGUUUUUCCUUAGAGCAGUGAUAUCGACAGUCUGGUUUUCAGGAUUUCACAAGUGACCCAGAAGAGGCAAGACCCAGACAGGAAGCGGCCUCACAGGCCCGUGCUUGCAGCGCAGCACUGUUCUGUAGGACCUGGUGU